AUGGGCGGGCACUCCAAGAAACAGGGGAAGGGCGGUGGCGGUGGCGGCGGCAGUGGCAGUGGCCGCAACCGCCCACCUGAGCAGCGCAAGAAGUUGACAAAGGACCCCGGUGUGCCGAACCUCAAGAAGGCCGCCCAGAACUUAACGCGGACGGCGCAGAAUCGCAACCGCAGCGUCUUGAGCAUUCCCGCUCUGCGCGGGACGUCUAACCUCCCUUCCAUAGUCUCAAAAUCCCUCGGUGCUUCUGACGAGCCACACCAAAACGAAGAGGAGCGGCUCGCAGCGGAGCGGCGUGCCAUGAUGACACUCGCCAUCCAGUGCGCGGAGAAGGCUCACCACUACGAGGCGCCGCAGCAGUGGAUGGAAGAAGCAGACGAUAUGGAUCGCCUGCACGAGGAUGUGGACCGGCGUGGCAUGGACAAGUCACUGCGUCGCUUUUAUAAGGAGUUUCAGAAGGUCGUGGAGAACAGCGACGUGCUUCUGCAGGUCGUGGACGCACGCGACCCACUCGGAUGCCGGCUCACACAGCUGGAGCGUGCCAUCCGCUCCCAGUACGGCGACGACCGGAAGAAAAUGGUGGUGGUGCUCAACAAAGUGGACUUACUCCCGUCAAAGGAGGUGAUUGACUCGUGGGUGCACUUCUUUGAGGCCCACGAAGGUGUUGCGUGCAUUCCGUUUGCAGCCACAGCCAAAGGGGCAAUGGGCCACGGCUACAUCGCAAACAUGUUCCGUCGUCUUCGCGCACUUGCGCUGAACGAAGAAACAGGCGCACGCAAGGCCAUCGUGGUGGGGGUCAUUGGUUAUCCAAAUGUUGGUAAAAGCUCCGUAAUCAACGCCCUCAAACGUAAACACGUUGUUGGCGUAGGUAACAUGCCAGGCUUCACGACGGGAAAUACAGAGGUGGAGUUGCGCUCUGACAUCCGCGUGAUGGACUGCCCCGGCGUCGUGUCGCCUGGCGAGGACAACGGCGACGUGGUGCUGCGCAACGCCGUGAAGGUUAGCGACCUGGCGAAUCCCUUUACCCCAGUGCAGCGACUUCUGCAGCGAUGCACGCAGCUCGACACGGACGACGCAGUCGGAAAGCAACUUCUGGCGGCUGGGGUCCACCCCCUGGCGCUCUUCUACAACAUUGGCUCCUUUGACCCCAACGACACCUUGGCCUUCAUCCGCCUUGUGGGACAGCGGCGGGGCCGACUACGCCACGGUGGCACCGUCGACGAGGAGGGCACUGCCCGCAUGAUUCUGCAGGACUGGAACGACGGCCGCAUUGCAUACUACACGCUGCCACCCACUUCAGACCUGUUUGACCGUGGGGUGCUGACAACAACGGCGGAAGAGGAUGCGACAGCUGACGCUGACGGAGUGUAUGGGGGCCCGCGGGUGGUGGCGUCUCUCGCGGCGGGGCUGCAGUGGGACGCGCUGCCGACGUUUCACCUGUCGUGGGGCGGGGUAGAGGGGAAGGGGCGGCGGCGCGGCUUCCACGGUGGCGAGGACAGUGACGUGGAGCUGUAG